AUGUCUUUCUUAGUGUUCAGAGGCGAGGACACUCGUGAUAACUUUACUAGUCAUCUCUAUGCCGCUUUGCAGCGAAAACAGAUUGAAACCUUUAUUAAUAACAGUGGACUUCAAAGAAGAGAUGGUAUUUCACCUGUGCUUUUGAAAGCAAUUGAAUCUACCAAGAUUUCAGUAGUCAUUUUUUCAAAAGACUAUGCGUCUUCCCCAUGGUGCUUGGACGAACUUGUACAAAUUCUUAAAUGUAGGAAAUUGAAUAAUCAUAUGGUUAUACCUUUUUUUUAUAAUAUAAAUCCUUCAGAUGUACGGAAGCAGAGUGGUAGUUUUGAGGAUGCUUUUGAUAAACAUGAAGAACGAUUCAAGGAGAUGACCCACAAGGAGACUGAUUCAGUUGAAGUUAUAUUCAUAGAUAUGUCUAAAAUAAGUGACAUACAAUUACAUUCUGGAGCCUUCAAGAAGAUGUCAAAUCUUAGAUUGCUUGAAUUCUACCAUCCUCAGCUUGAUGAAGACCUGUCAGAGGCCCCACAACUUGAGAGUAUUAGGCUUGGGGAUUGUAGAAGCUUGGUUGAUGUUCCCUUAUCUAUUCAAAUGCCUCCACAAGCUCCAGUACUUAUAUUUGUCAGGCUGUGA